AUGGAUAAGACGUGGAUUUGGCUUCCAAGGAAUAGCCACGAGUAUUCAGAAGGAGCAACUAAUUUCGUGAAUUCGUCAGCAAGAAGAUUGGGAAGUCUUCUUGAAAUGCUAUGCCCUUGUAGAGACUGCCGCAAUCUGAGCCAUCAGUCACUGGAUAAAAUUGUGGAGCAUUUGGUGAUUAGGGGUAUGGAUAAGAAGUAUAAGAGUUCUCGUUGGAGUAUUCAUGGUGAAAAAAGAGAUUCUGCAGAAGACAGUGUACUUCAAUGUGAAACAGAGGCAUUUGAUUUGUUUAAGACAGCAUUCUCCAUGGACGAAGGUGGUCCAAACCCGACAACUGACAACGAAGAUGAUGAAGCACCAGAGGAACUUGAGUUUACAAAAAAGCUAAGAGAUGCUCAAACGCCAUUAUACUCGGGUUGUCUCAAGCACACAAAGGUUUCAGCUAUCAUGGGACUUUACAGAUUCAAGGUUAAAAGUGGUGUGUCGGAGAACUACUUUGAUCAGCUGUUGGUUUUACUUGAGGAUUUGCUACCUGAAGACAAUGUUCUUCCCAAGAGUUUAGCUGCAAUCAAGAAAUUUCUGAAGAUCUUUGGGUUCGGCUACGACAAUAUCCAUGCUUGCAAGAAUGAUUGCAUACUGUAUAGGAAGGAGUACGAGAACCUACAAAGCUGUCCAAGAUGCAAAGUUUCAAGAUGGGAAAUGGAUAAGCACAGUAAUGAGAUAAAGGUGGGGAUUCCGGCAAAGGUCCUAAGAUAUUUUCCAAUCAAGGACAGGUUUAGGAGGAUGUUUAGAUCAAAGAGGAUGGCUGAAGAUCUGCGUUGGCACUAUACCAAUGCCACUGAAGACGGUACAAUGCGGCACCCCGUUGAUUCUAUCUCUUGGGCACAAGUGAAUGCUAAAUGGCCAGACUUUGCUGCUGAUCCACGGAAUCUUCGACUUGGGAUUUCCACAGAUGGGAUGAACCCUUUCUCCAUGCAAAGCACCAAUCACAGCACAUGGCCAGUGUUGUUAGUGAACUAUAACACGCCUCCAACCAUGUGUAUGAAGGCUGAGAAUAUAAUGUUGACUUUGUUGAUCCCUGGUCCUACUGCUCCUGGUAAUAACAUAGAUGUUUACCUAGCACCACUGAUAGACGAUCUAAAAGAUUUGUGGGCUGAGGGUAUUGAAGUGUAUGACUCAUUUGCGAAGGAGAAUUUUAAUCUCAGAGCCUUGCUGCUUUGGAGUAUCAGUGACUAUCCAGCCUUAGGAACACUGUCUGGAUGUAAAGUAAAGGGGAAACAAGCCUGCAAUGUAUGCGGAAAGGAUACACCUGCAAGGUGGCUUAAGUUUAGCCGCAAGUUUGUCUACAUGGGUAACAGAAGGAGACUACCGCCUGGCCAUCGUUACAGAUAUAAAAAAGCUUGGUUUGACAACACUGUGGAGGAAGUGAAUGCGAAUAGGAUACAAACAGGCGCUGAGAUAUAUGAAACACUACAAGCUUUUACGAAUGAUUUUGGUAGACCUCUAGAGAAGGAAAAAAAAAGGAAAAGACUAGAGUUGGAAGAUGAUGAGAGGGUAGUGGAAGAAGAGUGUGAUGAAUCAAAUGAACUAUGGCGGUGGAAGAAGAGAUCAAUAUUCUUUGAUCUACCUUACUGGAAGGAGUUACCUGUUCGUCACAAUAUUGAUGUUAUGCACGUAGAAAAGAAUGUGUCUGAUGCUAUAUUGUCUCUGUUGAUGCAAAGUGCGAAGUCAAAAGAUGGGUUGAAAGCAAGAAAAGACUUAGAAGAUAUUGGAAUCAGAAAGCACUUGCACACAGAGGUGAGGGGAAAGAAAACAUACUUACCUCCUGCUGCCUACUGGUUAUCGAAGAAAGAGAAGACCAUUUUUUGCCAAAUUAACCCUCCAAAUAUUGGUAGUUUAAAGUCGCAUGAUCAUCAUGUCCUAGUACAGAACUUGUUACCAGCUGCAUUAAGAGGGUUGUUACAUAGGGGUCCUAGGAUAGCCAUAAAUAGAUUAUGCAGUUACUUCAAUAGGUUGUGUCAGCGCAUCAUUGACCCAGAGAAACUUAUAUCCAUGGAAACAGAGUUUGUGGAAACAAUGUGUCAGCUGGAGCGCUUCUUCCCUCCAGCCCUUUUUGAUAUCAUGUUUCACCUACCAAUACAUCUAUCAAAAGAGGCACGCUUGGGAGGACCAGUUCACUUCCGCUGGAUGUAUCCCUUUGAAAGGUACAUGAAAACACUAAAGGCUUUUGUGAAGAAUUAUGCAAGGCCAGAAGCAUGUAUGGCUGAGGCGUAUUUGGCUGGAGAAUGCGUUGCAUUCUGUUUAGAGUUCCUUAAAGAUUCAGUACCAGUUCAAGAAGCAGUUAAUCGUAAUGAAGAUGUCGAGACUGACACAAUGGUGGUUGAAGGCCGACCUCUGCAGAAGGGUAUAGAGGUUACCCUUUCAGAUAAAGAUAGAGACAUUGCACAUCGCUAUGUGCUAAUGAACAUGGCAUCUUUGGAUCCAUUUCUUGAGUAA